AGAGUGAGAAGCGCAUUAAGUAAGGCGGAUUUUGCGGGGAAGACGCGACGACCUCUUGCUUAUUGUAAACAACGCGAUGGCAACAACAGUUGCUGCGCUUCAACCUACUUACCGACUGUGAGAACUCGCGAGACCUAGCCACAAAUUAAUUACUAUAAACAAGUAGGGCAGUACUGCGUACUUUUGUCUCUUGUGCGCACAAACGAAAACGCAUUCAACAAAGUCUCGAGGUCACCUCACCCCGCCGCCGCCGCUCUUCCAUCGACUACAGACUACGCGAUCCCCGAUUCCCCACGUACAAGCGCGUCAACGAAACAACUCCCGAUCGAAUCUGUGAACAAGACACAAAGAGUACAGAAGAACCAUGGCUUCGGAAGCAGCAGCAGCAGGAGAGCAGAACUUUGGAGCAAGCCAGAUGUCGGACGGGGAGGAGACUCUCACGCCGCUCGAACAAGAAGUCUUGGAUGAAUAUGCGCGGUUGUUGGGAAACUUAAAUACUCUCUCCUCCCUCCUGCUAGACCUGUCGAACAACCCCAGCGCUGCUAUACUGGACGGACUGCGCGGCCUGGAGCGGAAAACUAGUUUGGUGUUUACGCUGUUGAAAGCUAGUGUUUACAGUAUUGUGUUGAAUCAGCAGAUUGACACCGAGGGGGGCAGUAACGCUGGUGAUGACAACACUGAGUUAAGAGACUGA